AUGAAUAGCAUAAAGGACAAACUUACGAAGGAAGUAAAAAACUUUAAAAGAACCGCGUUGCUUAGGGGAAGUCCUGCGUUCAGGAUUAGCGUAUGGUUUUCUGGAAUAACCGUUGGACUCGUCUGGAUCCUCAUCAGCGAGUACAACAACCCGAAGAGCAACAACAUGUUCUUUAAAAAAAAGGAGGCAGAUUUUUUUACCAAAGAGGAAAUAGAAAAAUGGAACAAGCCCUACUACUCCAAAGGUGACUACACCACAGUGGUUAUGGACUCUAACAUGACGGCGGACGAGAAGAGGAAGCACAUACUGAAGGGAAUAAAUAACACCAAAUGAGGCACACAAAAAGAAAGGAGAGGGGUGGGAGGGGACCUGCCUCCCUGCGGCGCUGCAAAGCGGUGUUACUACUUAAGUUGGUGAACGUCCCUCCCAUUUGAAGCAUUCUUCGUAGGCACCAUCGCCCAGUUUUUGCAAAGCGGAUGUUCCACAAGGGGGAGGCAAAAUGGGUACAAAUGUGGGUGCAGCGCGGGAGCUCACAAUUGCGGAAAUAACAUCACGUGGGUGAAGAAUCGCAAAAGAGUGGAGAGCGAAGGACGAAGCGUAGGAUGGAUGGCGGUACGAAAGGUGCUGCGAAGCGGGGCCCAAUAAUUAAGCGGCCCUCGGCGUGCCCCCCGCGUCAGUACGUCUUGGAUAAAAAUAUGGCCACCCCUCGCUGGUACCAAUUUUGCUGCAGUACCCCCCGCGAAACGGGGAAUUUCCAGAAGCCAAUAAACGAUCUCCUCGACUUGUCCAAAUAA